UACCUGCAGUCAACAUAGCCAUUGCAGGCCCCUCACCUAUUCAGUAAAGAUAAGAACUCACAUGCCAACACAUGAUCAGAAAUAGAGAGGAUUGGGGAUGCCUUCCUGAGGAUUUGCUGAUGCCAAGUCCCUCUGGCUGGUUCCGGUGAUCUUGGAACAAAUAUUAACAAUGGAGACGAGACUGUCCUGUUCCCUAAGAAGAGGCUGUGAAACCAAGAGAUUAAAGAAAAAGUGAUGAGACUUUCGAUGAAGGACUGAUAGAACCGAGUGAGGAUGACAGAGAAAGUCAGUGUCAGAUUUUGACUGUAUUGGUGUUUCGUACCAUUUUUAUAGAGGAGUGGUUGAAUGGUUGAUUAUUAUCCCAAUAAAAUACGUCUUUUAACUUUUUUAGAGACAAAAACCUCAGAAAACAGUAGCCAGAGAAAGCUUUUGGCAGAAAACAAAAUCUAUGGUAUCAAAUUAAAAACAGAAGUGUGUUCUAUUAUAAGAUUUUCACUAACGAGUUUAUUGUCUUCACGGCAAUAUUGACAACCCACUGUGUCACCGGGUACCCAAACCGGUACACAAACCAGUUUCUGUCAGUUAUUUAUAAUAGUCCCAAGUUACAUCACCCGUUCUGAAGUUCACAGUUGAACGGAAGAGGUGCAGAAAGAGGUUGAAGGCGCGAAGGUACAGCCCAAUCAACUUCCUUUUCUUAUCUCCUUGUCCUACAGUUGGGACAUGGCUCCUUAGUAUUGAAUUCCUGUGACUAAUUACGAAACAAUCGGCAAUGCGAUUGCUGUCUGUCAGAGAUGUCUGUCAUGACAACGCUGCUUACCUGUCGCUGCAGUCAACAUGGCGAUAGCAGACGUCUCACCUGUUCAGAAGCAGCGACAUUGACCGUUGAUAACAACAAAAGGACAUGUCCUCGACACCCAUGGACUGCGAUCAACAACCUGAGUCUUCAGGACUCGUUAUCAGCCAGCGCAUGUCUCACUCGGACACAAGCAUGUCACUAAUAAGUAAGACACUGGACUUAACAGCAGCUGCCGACUCUGGUAACUGGACUCUUCUCCACGAUUGGCUGAGUUCCGAUGACGUCACAAGAUGUGAUAUAGAACAAAGCUACAUACUCCAUAGACUGGCAGCAGCACCGGAAGUCAGCCUCUCACUGGCACGAGAUAUUUUAACAAAAAUAUUGAAACAUAAAGUAGACAUCAACAUGGUGGAUACAAACGGUGACACAGCUGUCGUGGUUGCUGCCAGAUGUGACAACACAAAGAUGGUGAUGGAGCUUCUAUCCCGACAGGCAGCUCUACCACCUGAUGUAACACACGUGUGUUCUUUCUUGCAGACUCUGACUAACAACUGGAAACCACAAGAGACGCCUUAUAUGCACGCGCUUGUUGUCAAACUGUUGUGGGACAGACUACAAGACACAGCACUACACAGCUGUCACAAACAGCUUCACCACACACUGGUCCGGCUGGCAGUCACGUUUCACACGUCACUUGUACGUGAAAUGUUUGUAACAGAACAACAAGUGAACUCUGUAGACAGUGAGGGGAUGGCCGUGUUACACAGAGUGGCCAUGUUUGAUAGCGAGGACCAUGUCCGUGUUGUGCUCUUUCUCAUCAGCAAAGGUGCCAACGUUAAUCUACAGACCACGACAGGUGACACACCUCUACAUGUUGCUGCCAAGCACAAGAACUGGGCGAUAAUGGAGGUUUUGUUACACCGACAAGCCAAAAGUGAUGUGGUUGAUUGUGAACAGCGUUCAGUUUUACACAUCAUGGCUUCUUAUGCAGAUCCUGAAUGCUUCUCAGAUAUCAAUGACAUCCUUCCGUUGUUAAUCCAUAACAACAGCGACAUCAACAAAAAGGACAGAGAAGGAAACACAGCCUUACACCUGGCAGCACUCGCCGGUAACAUGGGGUUUGUGAAGACAUUGUUACAUCAUGGUGCACGUGCUGAUGUUGUUAACGACGAGCAGAAGACAGUGUUACACAUCAUGGCGAUGUCGGGAUGUACUAACCUUUUAUCGCUCACCUUAAACAAAGGAGCAGACGUUCACAGGACCGAUUGUUACGGUGACUUAGCUGUACAUCUUGCUGCAAAACAUAACAACUGGAAUUUCGUGGAAUUUCUUUUAAAGUAUUUUAGCGACCUUUCUCAUCCUGACAGUGAAGGAUUCAAUAUUUUCCACAGAUUUGCGAUACAUCCAUCUUACAGACACCUGCAUUUGUUUUACCAAUUGCCUCAGAAGGUUGGUGAUAUAAAUUCAAGAAGUCGGAUUGGCGAUGCAGCGAUACACUUGGCUGCUAAACAUCAGAACUGGAACAUAGUGAAACGUCUAGUACAAGAAGGCGCCAUAAUUGACGAACCAGACAGUGAAGGGUUUCUUGUAUGUGACAGAAUGGCAAUGGGAGGAAAUACACAAAACUUUGAAUUCCAUUUUUUUAUGAAGUAUGACUUAGACUGUACCAGUCGCUCUUUGACUGGAGAGACAGUGUUGCAAAUCGCUGCCAAACAUGGUGACUGGUCAAUGGUCAAACGCCUAGUAGAGUACGUGGGAAAUAUAGACCAGGUAGAUUCCGAGGGUUUAACUCUAGUUCAAAGACUUAUGACUAAAAAAGCUAAACUGCACACCUCAAUAUUCUACCGUCUUCUUGAGCUCGGCGUCAAUCUCACCUGUCGUGAUGCAAACGGCGACACUGUGUUGCACCUGGCGGCUAGAAAUGAACGUUGGGAUAUUGUCAACUAUCUUGUGGAGCCUGACAGGGAUGGUUUAUCAGCUUUUCACAGAGCAGCGACAUCAGAUACAAGAGGUGCUCGGAAGUACGUAGUAAAUAUAGACGAGACUGAUUCCGAGGGUUUGACUCUCAUUCAAAGACUUGCUAUGAGCAAAGAAGGUAACUUCGGCACUUCACUAUUACGUCGUCUCCUCGAGCUCGGCGCUGACUACACCUGUCGUGAUGCAAACGGCGACACAGUGCUGCACCUGGCGGCUAGAAAUGACCACUGGAAGAUUGUCAAGUACUUUGUGAAUCCUGACAGCGAGAGUUCAUCGGAUCUUCACAAAGCAGAAACAGUGGAUACAAGAGGUGCGCGAAAGUACGUAGUAAAUAUAGACGAGACUGAUUCCGAGGGUUUGACUCUCAUUCAAAGACUUGUUAAUAGCAAAAAAGGUAAAUUACAUUUUUCACUAUUACGUCGCCUCAUUGAACUCGGCGCUGACUACACCUGUCGUGAUGCAAACGGCGACACAGUGCUGCACCUGGCGGCUAGAAAUGACCACUGGAAGAUUGUCAAGUACCUUGUGCAGCUUGGAGUAGGUACCGACUCACCUGACAGCGAUGGUUUUUCAGUUCUUCAUAGAGCAGCGACAGCAAUGGAAGAAACAGCAGGAGGUGUGCUUCUUUACAUUCUAAAACGGAAUCCCGACUUACACAAGCGAACACGACAGGGAGACACAGCCGUACAUCUGGCCGCCAGACACAGACAAUGGGACGCUGUUAAACUCUUAACAAAAUACGGUGCAAACAUUUUAGACAAUGACAGCGAGAGCACAACUGUUCUACAGAGAAUGAUUGCGUGUCCAGAUUCAACUGGACAACAGAUAUGCAUUCUUCGAAGUUUAGUGAAAACAUGUUCAGUAGAACAGCUUAGCAAGUCAUAUGGAUUACUUUUAUUUCAAGCCUGUAGACUAAAUGUAGUCCGAUUCCUGUUGGAUCACGGGGUCAGUAUACACCAACGCGACUCGGAAGGUCUUAGUCUUUUACAUCAUGUAGCGAAAACAAGAGAAUGUUUAUCGAUCAAAAUGACUCAGCAUCUUCAAUAUUUUUUGGAAAAGGGCAUUGGCUUGGAAGAUAGAUGUCCGAAUGGCAACACACCUCUACACUUCGCUGCUAAAUUUGAUAACUGGGAUAUGGUAAUAUACUUAGUGGAGCGAGGGGCAUGCAUUCAAGACCCUGACAGUGACGGCGUCUAUGUGCUCCAGAGACUGGCCAUGUACAGUGAGUAUGGUGAGAAACACAGUGAACUUCUUCGACUUCUCAUCACGAAUGGUGCAGAUGUGACAAUACGUGACUGCAAUGACAAUUCUACUUUACACCUUAGCGCCAAAGGCAACAAUUGGAGUUUUGUUCGUCAGAUUAUUCAAGAGACAGGUGACCUUAAUAUAGACGAGCUUGACAGUGAUGGCUACAACAUUCUGCACAGGUUAGCGCAAUCUGAGCACUCAGAGUUGGUAGAGGAUGUCUUGAACAGAGGAUGUAAUGUAGAGGCCUUGAGUAGAGAUGGCGACACCUGUUUACUUCUAGCUGCAAAGCGCGACAACUGGACCUUUGUAAAGAGUGUACUGGGUCACGUGUUCAACAGAAAGCACUCGUCAGACCUACUGGUGUACGAUCUUUCCUCAUCAGAAAAUGAUUCUCACGGUUUUACACAACACGUUUAUAGUAUGAGUCAAAUAAAUCUUUAUACGAGAGACCUACGUGGAUAUACGGUCUGUCAUCUUGCACUCAUAAGAAAACGGUGGGACGUCCUAUGCCAGCUGGCAGAAUGUGGCUACAACAUGGACAUCAUUGAUAACGAGGGACUCGAUCUCCUGCAGAGAAUGGCCUCAGAUAAUGUUUCUAAUCCUGAAACUCGUCGAAACUGUGACAGAUUGUUAGAAUCCAUGAAAAAAAACAGGUUUAUAUUAACUCGAACAAAUGGGCUUGGAAACACGCCAUUUCAAACAGCCGCCAAGAAUAAAAAUAUUCCAAUGGUAGUCCGUCUUUAUCACCUUUUUCAUGGUGGUGAAGACUUCAGUUCCACUGACAGCGAUGGACUGUCUCCUUUGUACAGACUUGUCGACAUUCUAAAUGAAACCAAAAGUCGGGAGGAGAUUGAAAGCAUAAUGGAAGAUAUUUUGAUAUCAUGUAAGGCACCUGAAAAAAUAUCUUGUGAUGGCAACUCGCCUCUUCAUUUAGCGGCAAAGUGUAGUGAUUGGUCGACUGUCAAAAUGUUGCUGCAGCACGGAGCACGAGCUGAUGUGUGUGAUCCUGAAGGUUUCACAGUUUUACACAGAUUUGCUCAAGAUAAGACAGUUCUGAUGAGAUAUUUUGGUCAGGGACCUAUUUCUGUCACUAAAGGACUGUUUAUUAAAGAACUUUUACAGAGAGGUGCAAGUCUACAUCAAAAGAAUCUCGAAGGAAACACGCCCCUUCAUCUUGCUGUCCUGUGUCACAACUGGGAUGUAGCUACAGAGCUUGUUUACCUUGGGGCCGAGGUAAAUGAACUCGACUCUGAAGGGUUCACAGUCCUCCAAAGACUGGCACAGGUACCAGAUCCCAGCGAUAGUGAGUCGUGUGUAAAACUCACUAAGCUACUGUUUGAGAGAGGAGCUCGGUGCGAUAUUCCGUCAAAGCGCGGUGAGACGAUGAUUGACAUUGUAGUCGAAAAUGAAAACUGGAUCAUGAUGAAAUGUUUACUUACUCAUGAGAUGCUUGCAAUCAGAGAACACGAUGACAAAUUUCUUUUGCACCGUUUGGUUUUUAGCGACAGUGGAGCUCAACACACUGAUGUCUGUGACCUUCUGAUUGAGAAAGGAUUGUCUGUGAAUGCUGAAGAUUGUGAAGGCAACACACCACUUCAUGUCGCAGCUCGAGUAGGCAACUGGGACUUGGUAGAACACUUCAUAAGAAAGGGUGGUAGCGGUAGAAAGCCAGAUGGAAACGGCUUUUCCAUCUUGCACAAAUUUGUAACUUCUGUGAACAUGUUUCAUUCGGUCAGAGAUAAUAAGGCCAUGAAAGAGCACCUUCACACAUUAGAUGUCAUCAUUUCAUCUGGGGUUGAUGUAAACGCUACGGACCCCCGGGGUAACACAGCGAUACAUAUCGCAGCAAAACGACAACUGGUUGGUAUUGUAAAACGCCUGAUAGACAUCGUUGACAACCUCAACACCACAGACAGCGAUGGCUUUACUGUGUUACUAAGACUGGCACAAACACCACACCCACAAUGUCUCCCUGUUUUACGCCGUCUGGUACAGAAAGGUGCUGACAUAAACUUCUGCUCGAUACAAGGUGAAUCAGCUCUUACACUUGCAGUUAAAAGCAACAACUGGCCUGUGGUACAAUUUCUGGUCAGCAGGGGUGUACAGUAUAGUGUACAGACUCUGGAGCAGCUUCACACUAUUCACAGACUGAUAAAGACUACCUCUUCGACAUUUCCCGAAGAUAAGAAAGUGAAGCUGAUGAAAUUGCUAACAAACAGUGGAUUGUCUAUAAACUUGCUAGAUCAGUGUGGAAAGACACCAGCAGAGCUGGCAUUCAUACAUAAGAAAUGGAAACUGCUGAGAUAUCUUUUGAAAUCGAAAGCAGACAUAAAUCCCACUUCCACAAAAUUAGACUCAUUUUUUCAUGAACUUACUAAAAUGGGUUCCGUUGACGAUGAUGUGAAAGAUAUUACACGACUCCUGGUUAUGUCUGGCUUGGACAUUAACCAACAAAAUAUCUUUGGUGAUACUCCAUUUCAUGUGGCAGCUGAGAAAGCCAACUGGGACGCUGUUAUAGUAUUCGUAGAGCACGGUGCAGACAUAAACAUUCUCGACAGAUAUGGGCGCAGCCUGCUUCAUACAGUUGUGGGUCAUCUCAGCUCGCGAGAUAAUAGGCAGCUGAACAAACAACAACUCCUAACCUUUUUGGUAGAACAUGGGGCAGACAUCAACAGGCGAAGUCAAGACAACAAAACUGUUUUACAAGUAGCAGCUGCGCGAAAUGACUGGGAAACUGUAGGAGUGCUCAUUCAAUUAGGAGCUGAUUGGGAACUCACUCCCAGUAAAAAGAAGUCGGCUUUUAGAAAACUUCAUCUCUUGAGCUGGGAAAAUGUCGACGAAGAAAAGGUGUGUCGUUUUGUACAUUAUAUCUCAAACGAUGUUUGUGACAUCAAUGCAUCUUUCCUGAAAGAAUACAAAUGUGAUAAAAAGAAAAGUAUUUUGCAGAUGUGUAUAGAAAAGUCCAACUGGCCUAUGGCAAAGGCGUUGGUAGAAUGUGGAGCUGACGUGUUUCAGCUGUACACACAUCGGACUCUGUUAGAGUUUAUGAUGUCUGCAUAUUCACAGAGUAAUACAAUAGCAUGGAUGUCUUUUCUUGACUCAUUGAUUUCAAAAGGGUUAGACAUCAACACUAAACUUAGAAAUGGAUCUGGAGUACUCUUCCAUUAUGAGACUAUCAAAAGCAUUAGGACUGACGACACAUUUAUGAGUAGUUUAUUUAAUUUGCUGUUGGGGAGGGGUGCAAAUCCUCUGCUUGUCAACUCUAGACGAUGGACAUUACUUCGAGAAGUAGCAGAGUUGGAUAACUACAGUAUGAUGACUGCUCUGAUGAAACUUCUUCCCGCUGGGGUAACAACACAUCAGCCGAGAUUUACUGAGGCCAUGUUACAGUCACAAAAAGUUUCCACCGCACAGACUGCGUCCCCAACAGAAAAGAUGAUCCGGGACAAGAACAUCUUUGCCCUCAAGCUGUUGAUCGAAUCAGGUGCAAGUUCAAACGCAGAGUUAUUUCGUCUGAACACAGAAUACCAAGUGAAGCUGGCAGGACAGGCAGACACUGAUGCCAAAGUUAGAGAGCUGCUUGAGGUGUUGAACAUGGCCGCCAGUCAACCUCGCUCACUGCAGUCACUGUGUCGUCUGACUGUUUCUCACUGUCUUGGUUGUGGGCCUGGAAGGCACGACAGACUAAAUCAUUUGCCUAUUCCUCCUGUAAUUAUAGAAUUUCUUUCGUUUGAUGACUUAGUUUCACAGCUAAAGAAAAAAGCUAUGGGGGAUGUGGGCCUGAUAGGACAGACAGACUCAAUAGCUGGCCUAUUUAUCCUCUAUGAAGGGAACUUGUUUAACGACAUUCUUCCCGAAGCUUUUCUUCCGACGAUCCAUAAAGAUGACUCGUCGAGUUCGUCAAUCGAAUCCACUGACAGUGAUGAUGAACAUUAUUAGUGGUAAUUUUUUUCUGGUAGCGGUAUCAGCGAUGAAACUUAUUGCUUAACACAUCUAAAAAAUUUCAGAAUGCUGUCAUCGAGAUCUUCCGUUGACUUUAGUCCUUAAUUGUAUUCUCAGUCAUGCAUGUGAUGUACGUAUCGGUACAAAAUUAAUUAAAACUAAAGUCAUCUUCAUUCAAGAACAUUAACACAGUGUUCCCAUAGUCUUGUACUUUAGACUGCCGACACUUCCUAUACUUGUUUUGUCAGACAGACAUUGUUAGAGACUAAAUUGUAAGUGCUCAGCACAUGUCAAUCCUUGUAUUGUAUUAAAGUUCUCGAAAACUCUCUGCACAGAUAAGUAAUGAUAGAUGAUGGUUAAUAGACUGGAGGUGAGAUAUGUAAGGUAUAAACCUUGUAAAUUGUAUUCUGUGUAUAAACACUGUUGUUAAUUUUGUUACACUACAAAUUAUAAACUAUUUUUGUUGAUAAAUGAACCACGUUUCCUUUUUUGUUUGUUUAUUUGUUUGUUGUUGUUGUUGUUUUUUUGAUAAGUAUAUCUUUAAAUAGUAUCUAAAUGUACGAAAAUAUUCUAAAACUUUACAUAUCACAUUAAAUCUCACUAUCUGUCAAGGUGUUAAUCUGUGAUAUUUUGGCAACAUUUUGUGUGUAAAUGAAAAUGUUAAACUUUUGUGUUUUGGAGAUUUAAUGAUAUUGAAUGACACCUGCAGUCUUAUUGCUUCCUCCCUUCCUGCUCCGAUUGUGUGUUGUGUCUGCUUUAGCAAGUCUCGUUGUUUCUGUCUCAACAGUAUUUCUCUAAAUAUGAAUUUUUUUAUGGACAAAACUAUCCCACUCGCGCCUCGGGUUGCGAAUUCAAUUCGUUCCAUAACGAGGCUCGUAUGGUUAAAAACUUUAACCUCGAAACUAAUUUCCCAAUUUAUCCGCACCGCACGAAAAAUAUCAAUAUAAAGAUCAAUCAACAUUGUAUCUUAUGCAGAAUUUAAGCAACUUUUCCAAAAAAAUAACAAUGAAACUCUUGGAUUCAAUGAGUGGUAGACGAGCAAGAGCUUGAUCUUGUACUCUCCACUUGCAGGUAAGCUAAUCCUUCACUGGUUUGUGGUCCUCUCACUAGUAAUUAGGGGCCGUAACCUGGCCCAUCUACUUGCUGUCAAGGGACUGAACUGGGUUGGAAAUAUGUCAAAAAAAUUAAUUUGUUCAGAUUUUGUUUUUUUACAACUCUCUUUUUACCUUUGUUUACGAACAAUUUGUUUCGUUAUACAUUUUGUUUGCAUUCAGAAUCUUUAUCUUCAUGUGUUGGAAGUGUUUCUCAUAAUUUGUUUUCUCCUUUAUUACAAACUUUAGCUAUAGUUGCUAUUAUUCGUGUUACAUUUUCUCAAUUCUUUAAAAUAUUUAUGUAAUAAAAAAAACUGACUUUCUAUUGUUUUCAGUAUGCUACAUUGUGAAAUAGAGGUUUUAUUAUGA